CAAAUAUCAGUUGAACUGGUUUCUUCUCUCCUUCCUUUUCCUCUCUAAAAUCACAUAUAAAUACACACCCCUUCACAUUUCCAUUUUUAUUCUCAAAUAUCUAUUACAUUACCAUAAAAACCAAACCAUUUUUCUUCUUCAUUUUGUAACCAUUUUUUUAAAGUUGCAUAAAAUCAAGAACCAUUUUCUUCUUCAUUUUAAACAUAAAUGGCUUCCAGCGAGCGAAAGAUCAGCAGUUUAUUAUUAAAAAUGUUGUUAUUAUUGCUGUUUAUUUUGUUCGUCGAUGAAACGACGGCGUAUCGAGAGAUUCAGCAGCAGCAAGAACAUAAACAGCUACAGCAGAAUGAUUACUGGCCGCGGCAUAGGAACGCAUACGCUACGAUGAUGUACAUGGGAACACCGAGAGACUAUGAGUUCUACGUAGCGACACGUGUCCUGAUCAGAUCGCUUGCGAAGUUAAAUGUGGAUGCUGAUCUAGUUGUCAUUGCUUCCAACGAUGUUCCUCUUCAUUGGGUUCUUGCUCUUGAGCAAGAAGAUGGGGCAAGAGUUGUGAGAGUGGAGAAUUUGAAUAAUCCAUACAAGGACCAACCCCAUUUUGACAGAAGAUUUAAGUUGACAUUGAACAAACUCUAUGCAUGGAGCCUUGUUGACUAUGACAGAGUGGUCAUGCUCGAUGCUGAUAACCUUUUCCUCCGAAAAGCUGACGAGUUAUUCCAAUGUGGACAAUUCUGUGCAGUGUUCAUCAAUCCCUGCAUAUUCCAUACUGGCCUCUUUGUGUUACAGCCAUCAAACGUCGUGUUCAAAGACAUGGUUCAUCAAAUAGAAAUUGGAAAAGACAACCCCGAUGGUGCAGACCAGGGUUUUAUUGGCGGAUACUAUCCGGACCUGCUAGACAAGCCGAUGUUCCAUCCUCCAACUAACGGCACCAGCCUUGAAGGCUCUUACAGACUUCCUUUAGGCUAUCAAAUGGAUGCCUCUUAUUAUUAUCUCAGACUUCGGUGGAACGUACCCUGUGGGCCUAAUAGUGUGAUAACUUUCCCUGGUGCUCCAUGGUUGAAACCAUGGUACUGGUGGUCAUGGCCAGUUCUGCCACUAGGCUUUCAAUGGCAUGAACAACGUCUGAACAAUCUUGGAUAUGCUGCGGAGAUGCCUAUGGUAUUUAUUCAGUCGAUAAUUUACAUAGGAAUUAUUGCAGUGACACGACUAGCUCGACCAAAUAUGUCUAAGCUUUGCUACCGACGAACAGACAAGAAUCUGUCUUUAAUACAAGCCGGACUCAAAUUGAUAGCGAUAUGGUCAAUCCUUGCAGCAUAUACGCUUCCCUUCUUUAUCAUCCCUUGUACAGUACAUCCAUUAGCGGGUUGGGGACUCUACUUGCUAGGUUCUUUCGCGCUUUGCUCGAUAGCAGUUAAUGCAUUUAUGCUGCCAAUGCUACACGUCUUGACACCGUGGUUAGGGAUAUUUGGGGUACUUUUGGUCAUGGCGUGCCCUUGGUAUCCAGAUGGAGUUGUAAGAGCUUUAGCUGUUUUCGGAUACGCCUUCUGUUGUGCACCUUUCGCAUGGGUGUCAAUAACUAAGGUUAUGACAUGCCUUCAAGUAUCGCUUGAACGGGAAGCUUUUAUUCCGAGAUUGGGUGAAUCUUCGCCGCCAUCUGGAUUCAAUAAGCUGUAUUAGUGAAGACAUAAUUAACUUAAGAAAGCAAUUGAUUGCAUGACCUGAGAGGAUCUUCUCGAUGAUCCUUUUUUUGUAACAUUUAAGGGAAAAUGGAGGGUCCAGAUUCUGUCCUCCAUAGAAGAAUGCCUGAUAUUACCGGGCAUGUAAUUGUUUCAUUUGAAUUCUUUGCAGAGUCAAGGGGUACGUGAUUGCCUUGUCUCUUGCCUUUUUGAUUACUUCAGUUACUUAUGUUACUAAAUGAUCCUUUGUACAAAAAUUACAUACUGUAAGAAAGACAUUAAUUGAUCUUUAAUUUUUCCUUCA